AUGGCAUACAUCGUACACCCUACGGCCGCUGCGCCGGCCAUGUCGCACUUCAUCAUAUCCAUGCUGUUGGCGGUAGGCUUCAGGCUCAGGCCACCGGUAUCAUAUACCACCCCUUUGCCCACCAAUACAUAAGGCUUUUUAUUUUUCGCAUGCUUAGGCUUGUACUCCAUCACCGAAAACGUCGGAGGGUCUACGCUACCCUGGUUUACAGACAGCAAACCGCCCAUGCCCAGUUGUUUGAUCUUCGCCUUGCUUCUGCGAGGUCAACCGAAUUCAGAUAGUUCACCGGCUCGUUCACCAGGUCGCGUGCUUUCAGGGUCGCAUCCACCGCGAUCGAUAAAUUGCUGA